GCAGGUUGCGGUGAGGAUCCCGCGGUGGCUGGAGCCGCUUCCCUUCACAAGCGACACACUGUGAGGGAUCCGGUGACAUGAGUGAAGCCGGAGACCCGGAGUCGUGCGACAAAAAGGAUUAAGUGAGCGAAAAGCGCAAAGCUGCGCUCUCUUAAAACAUGGCUCUCCAUCAUCGGGGGCCCCCCUGGGGGCCACAUGUCUCCCUGCUGCUGUCACUGCUGCCUCUCUGGAUGGGCCCGCCGGCAGAUGCUCUGGAGCUCAUUUUUCCUGACACACCUGAACUCAUCUGCUGCAAGGGCUGCAUUGACUGCCAUGUGAGCCCAGCAGAAGCUCAGUUCACCGCUGCCCUGGCUGAUCCACACGGCUCAGUGGAUAUUACCCAGCUACAGCUAAUCACCAGUCUCUGCCGCUCAGAAACACAGGACUACAAACCGUGUCUGCGCAUCGAUAUCACUCUCCAAGAAGUGGAUAUUGUAAAAGGUGUUUCUGAGGAGUCGGGUGACGACAGCGAGGAGAAAGUUCUGGUCCAAGUGUGUAUCAGUUCUGCAGGCUUCUUAGGUGUCUGUAAGGCCAUCCAGUUUAAACCAGGAACCCAAAGCCAGUCUUCUGGGCCUUCCACACAUAAGCUGGUGCUGAUAGAGAAAGUGAAUUUCGGCAUAACUAUCGUGGUGACAGCUCAUUCCAAGGAAACGUAUGUCAUCCAGAAUGUCACGUCUCCAACUUUAGAUGAAGUUUGCUCCAUGAAGCUUGGGAUGAACAUAACACAAUGUGCUGUCCCCAGACUCCAAGCAGUCAUCGAACAAGAGAGAAAUGUGGUCCGACUGCAGCUAGAAAAUGCUGAUUUCAAACACGAGGAACUCUUUUUGCAGAUGGACUGGAAUGAAAUACCUGGGAAGGUUCUUACAUGGCCAAAAGGCGAAAGCGAGAUGGUUAUUUCUUCAAACUUUGUCGCACCGUGUCUGUGCUUUCAGAUAUGGUCAAAGGGAAAAAGCAGGAGAGGAAAAUACUGCCCAUUCAAGGAUCAACAAGACGCUCUGGAGAGAAUGUUACAUAAUGUGUCUCUGAGUGUGGUGAAGUCACGGGUGAGGGAUGGACGUACAGGGCUGAGCUGGAAUGUGACUUCCCCCUGUAGACUGGAGGCAGAAGUCUGGCUGUGCAAGAAAGACUUGAGCGGGGGGCGGUGUGAAGAAGUGAUGGGCUCCAGACAGAAACUGAAACCUGGCUGGAGUGCCACACGCAAUGCACAUUUGCAAACGGGAGAGUUCGAUGUGCCACAUCAACCACAUCUUUGUGUUCAGAUGACGCUAGAAGGAACACGGUUAUUCUUAGAGCCUCACUGUCCCUUUACAGCAUCUCGUGCAAGAUGGAUUCUGCCGCUGCUCAUGGGAUUACUACUCAUGUGUUUGGCCAUCCUGGGAGUUUAUAUUACACAAGGUGUCUUAAAAGGCUAUGUCUGGAGAUGGUUGAAAGAAGAUGAUGUUAAAGGCGCUGUGGGUGGUGGUCAUGUGGUGCUGCUGUACUCGCCGGAUGAUGACAACCAGGAACUGCCAGAGCUGCUGUGUCAUUUGGGGUCAUGUCUUCAGGCUCUGGGGUUCACCGUGUCUCUAGACCUGUGGAGCCAGGCUGAGCUCAGCAUCCUUGGUCCUGUGCCGUGGCUCCACUCACGACUGGACCGACUGCAAAGACAGGGAGGAAAAGUAGUGCUAGUUUUAACCCAGGCCACUUGGACAAGGGCAGAAGAAUGGGGGGCUUUUGUCUGUGGCAGAAACACUCCCAGAGAAAGACACACAGGUGUGGGGGAGGAGACAUUAGGAGUAAGCCACCCUGCCCCGUCUCGCCGAGUGGAUGUUUUUGGCGCUUCAUUGAACUGCGUUCUGGCAGACUGCAUACAGGGGCGUGCUGGUGAGCGGUUCAUGUUGGUGCAGUUGGAAUCACUCCCACCAGAGCCUCCAGGUAGUUUCCGGCCACUGCCACAACUGUUUCGUGGCCUUCAUGUAUACAGCCUUCCCUCCCAGAGUCUGGGUUUUCUGACUGAACUGGCUGGAGCUCGACAUAUUGCAUCUGCAUCAGCCAGACGUAAAAGGGCAGGGGGGCUCAGGAUGGCGUCCCGAACUUUGGCCCGAAGGCUGUCUGGAUUCACAGCAGGGACAAAUGUAGCAAGGCUCGCAGACGUAACUCAGAGUUGUAUUGGCGUUGGAGUGGAACUCUCUGUGGAAACUAUACCCUUAAAUCCAUAUCUGCUCACACCUCCAAGUACCCCGGACGCCGACACUAAGACCAGUGAAAUAGGAUGCAUCUGAUAGCUGGUUACAUGUUAAAGCUUCAGCCCUUAGGGAUGAGCAGCUCAGAGUGACAUAAAAUUACCUCAAGUGAUGAAUAUGGAGAUGCUCAGAAAAAAGUCAACUUGACAGCUUUGUCAUUUUCUAGUCAAGUCAUCUGUUGUGUAGGAUCUAUUCAAAUACUGUAGAAGAGUUUACAUUUUCAGCUGCAAAAACAGUAUGUUCCUUAAUGAACAUACUGCCGGGUCAGUAAAGUUUGAACUACUGCUGCUCCAAAACAAGCCUUAGGAAUUAUGAAACAGCAUUGAUUUACAGGGUACAAAAAUGCUCUGAGAGCAUCUCAAUGAAGUAUAUUACUCGCUUAACCUCAGACUGUUUAAACAACGCCACUGUGUGUUUAAAGCAUUUCUUUUCUUAUACAUAGCAUCUUUCUUGCACAAGUACCUCUUAUUAAAAGCUCUGAAAUGUGUGAAAAAUAUUUUUAAACAUUGUCCUGUUGAUUACUGCAUUUUCUGUUUUUUUUUUUUUUCAAAUGUUUAAAAUAAAUUUUGAUAUGCUUGUCUGACAA